AUGAAGGUGCGAAACAGCCCCUCAGCUGUUAUUAUUGUUGGGGCAGGACCCUCAGGUCUCAUCCUGAGCAUUCUCUUACAGAAGCGCGGCAUCACCAGUCAGAUCCUCGAGGCAGCUGAACAACUCGACGCACAACCACGUGCAUGCCACUACGGCGGACCGGGAAAAUAUGAGCUGGAGCGUGCUGGCGUAUUGGACAAGAUUCAAGCCGAGGGAUUCCACCCCGGCGGCGUAACGUGGCGAUACAAAGAUGGACGCGCCGUAGUCGGCAUCGACCAGAAAUCCAUCCCUAAAUCAAGUGUCCAUCGUAUGGUGGUUCUACCGCUGGGUCGUGUUUGCGAAAUUCUAUACGACGAGGCCAUCUCUGCUGGAGUUGGGGUUCUAUUCAAGCACAGAGUGCUUCCUCAGAUUGGCCAGACAGAUGACAAGGCGUGGGUCGACGUCGAUGCCGACGGCGAUGUCAAGCGCUUCGAGGCCGACUACAUUGUAGGCUGCGACGGAGGGAACAGCCAGAUCAGACGUUCCCUUUUCGGCGACCUGGACUUUCCUGGCUGGACCUGGAACCAACAGAUUAUUGCUAGCAAUGCUUAUUAUCCCUUUGAGAAAUUUGGAUACGACGACAGCAACUUUAUUGUCCACCCUACCGAUUGGUACAUGGCAGCCAAGAUCACCAAUGACGGGUUGUGGCGCGUUACCUACGGCGACAUUCCAGGUCUGACCAAGGAAGAUUAUGAAAAACGUCUUCCCAUGCGUUACAAACAGAUGCUUCCCGGUACUCCUGAGCCUUCAGAAUAUAAGAUUGAGAAUAUUGGCCCGUACAAGAUGCACCAGCGUCUGGCCAAGAAACUGCGUGUAGGCAGAUUUCUGCUCGCUGCGGAUGCCGCACAUAUUUGCAAUCCAUUUGGUGGUCUUGGAUUGGUUGGCGGUAUCGCUGACGUGGGCUGUCUCUGUGAUGCGCUGGAUGGCUUGAACAAGGGUCUUACUGAUGACAGCAUUCUUGACGAGUACAGUCGCGUUCGUCGUGAGAAGUACGAGAACAUUGUGGAUCCAAUGUCCACGGCGAACUUCAAGCGCCUUUGGGAGAAGGAACCCGAGGAGACAUUUGCCAAAGAUGAGUUCUUUAAACUUAUUGAAAAGGCCAACAAGGAUGAGAACCUUAUGAACCAAUUGCGCGAGGCUUCUAUGAGUCUUGCUCAUGAUAUCACACAGAACUUCCGUAAGCCAGUAAAGGUGUAA